AUGUCGGGCCCAACUUCGCCGUCGCUGGCGCUGGCAAUCCUGGUGCUACUGCCUUUUGAUAUCAUCACUUGGGUACUACGUUUCUAUGUACGUCUUUCACGGAAGGCAUGGGGCCCGGAUGACUGGUCAAUGGUCAUAGCAAUCCCGCUUUUUACCAUAUCAACGAUAGGUAUGCUGGGCAUAGCAUUCACUGGUGGCGGAAAGAUGGACUCUGAGCUCAGUACAGAGCAGAGAGAGACCGCCAUGUUUUGGUGGUUCAUCAUGCAGACAAUGUUUUGCUUAGCCGCAAUUCCAGUCAAAUGGGCUAUCUGCUUUACACUGUUGCGCAUUGCAGACAAAAGAAAGAUAUACCAGUGGUCAAUCUAUGCAAUCAUGGCUGCAGUAUUUCUCGUCAUGGCAUCGACCACGAUCUAUGAAUUUUUUCACUGCACACCAAUUCAGAUGAACUGGGAGGCCGUUGAAGGCGGCUUUUGCAAGGCACAGAGCAAUAUCACAGGAUUUAGCUUUGCGCUUUCAGCAGUCUCAAUAUUCUCGGACUGGUUCUGCGCAUUGAUUCCUAUACCUCUUCUGUGGAACGUGCAAAUCGACAUUCGUGUCAAAUCCUCCAUCAUUGCACUUCUCGGUCUCGGUAUCUUCGCUUCUACAGCAGCCAUCGUCCGUCUCACCGUAACCGUGAACCUCAGCGCCACAACAGACUUCCUAUACCAUGCCAUGCCAGUGGCAGCAUGGGCCCACGCAGAGCUUGGUCUGGGUGUGGUCCUUGCGAACCUACCCGCUCUACGACCUCUUCUUGAUAAACUUAUCAGCCUGCGAUCUACCAUACGCAGCAAUGGCAAGCGCAUCACUGAUCCUAGUGCUGGUGACAACUAUCUCGAACUGGAAGAGGGGAAGAAGGGCAACAAGGGUACUCAGAAGGGAACCAUGGGCCCUAGCAAAGGCCCUGAAACAAGGAUCUAUGGCGGCGACCUUGCUGAUAGUAGCUCCUCUCUAGGUGACGACAGAUCAACCAAGCGGAUCGUUCGCAGAGAGCCAAGAACGGAUUCAAGUGGAAUUCAGAUCAAUCAUCAGAUUCAGAUCAAUCAUGAAGAUGUAAACAUGAGAUAG